AUGCAAGACCAGGCGUGUUUUGGCCUGAACAGGCCUUCCUCAGUGGUCAUAAAUACAUACAAAUCUCAAGUGAGUGUAGAUGGCACGGUGGCAGCAUAUCGGUUCCCCUACCUCUUACUGGGUGACAGCCUUGUGAUGAAGCAGUAUUCGCAGUACUAUGAACACUUCUGCAGAGAGCUGGAGCCGUGGCAUCAUUAAGUUCCAGUUAAAAGGAACUUGGAAGUCUUGCUUGGAAAAAUAAAAUGGUCUAAGGAAAACAACAGGAAGGUCAGGAAAAUCGCUAAGGAAGCUCAGGCAGCAGCAAGAGUAUUACUGCAGCCUCACCGGUUUUAUUGCUACUAUUUCAGUCUUCCAGGCUGGAAGGAAGGAGAGAAAUAUGCCGAACGCCAAGCCAGCAAACCUGAAAUACGGGAUGGGAUGGAAUUUGUGCCUCAGCCGGAUGACAGGACUUCAAUCUGCGACUGGUACAGGAGAAGGCCUUCUAGGGACGAGCUAUAA